AUGGACUCUCGUAAAAUCCGACAAGUGUGCUUUACUGCUUUUAAUUCCGAAAGAAAGCGGGAACUUGCAGAUAAAGCAACCAAGCUGGGAUUAAUUGUGGAAUAUAACUUUGAAACUCGGACGGAUGUUCUAGUUGCUGCCAGAGUCGGAACUGAUAAAUAUCGACAGGCCAUUGCAAAUGAUGUUCCCAUAGUAAAAGAGGAUUGGCUUAUUGAAUCAGCAAAAGAGGGAAAAUUAUUGGAUAUUUCAAAAUUUAAAGUACCUCCAUUAUAUGGCUGUAAAAUUUGUGUCACUGGGUUCAAAGAAGAAGUGAGGAACCACAUUAAAAGAAUGUGUGAAUUGAAUGGAGCAACAUAUAAUCCUGCUCUGAUUGCAGGAUAUACUCAUCUCAUAGCAAAGAAAACAGGAUCUGAAAAAUUUGAGUUUGCAUUAGAAAAUGAUAUCAACGUGGUAACUAGCAAAUGGCUCGACGAUUCUAUAAAAUUAGGGUAUGCCCAAGAUGAAUCUCAUUAUUUCCUGGCCUCUCUUACGGAAAAACAAAAACAAAAAUGUAAAGAAAUUUUGGCCAAAUAUCAAGCAAAAGCGGUGUCUGAGAUUGAUGACAUUCCUACCUCCAGUACUAGCACAAAACCUUUUCCUAACCUCUCUGUUCAACCUACACAAAUUAACAAAAUUGAUCCUAUGGACACAACAGAUUUUUCAGCCUCCCAAUUUUCAACAGAAGAUGCCGACAUGUCGUUACUCAAUGGCCUUGUUUUUUACUUGAUUGGAUUUACUCAUUCCAUAACAGAGGUGAGAAAAACUAUAAGAAACUACGGAGGUAUUGCCUCUUUUUCUCUAUUACCGUCUAUUAAUUAUAUUAUUGUGGAUGAAACCAUGGAUACAACGGACAUGGUUCGCUCUGUAAUGGAAAAAUUGAGCUACGAACCGCCAGUUGUUCCUUUCAAGUGGCUAAAAGACUCUAUCAAGAACAUGGAAAUUCAAUCAAUAGACUUAUACAAAACUAACUCUCAUAAUGACAACAAGAGCGUCAACAACAAUGACAAUAACACUGAUAUAACAUCAACAACUACUACAUCUCCAAGUACGUCAAAGACAGAUUUUAUUGAGCUCGACAUGACGGAUGAAGAAUUGGCAGAAGCUUUAAAGUCUCAACGUGCUUCCCAGUCUACAGAAACAAGUAACGAAAAGAAUUCAACGAAAAUUUUCUCAAAUUACUCACUCCAACUUUCGGAUCUAUUAUCAAGCACAGAUAAGCAACAAGCUAAAAUUAUUAUAGAACGAAAUGGAGGCAAAAUUGUGAAAACAUCAGCCGAUUUUAUAAUAUAUCCACAGUCUAGUAAGGCUGCUAGAGAUAAUAAUCCAAAAAUAAGAACCUUAACAUGGUUGAAAGAUUGCGAAAAUUCGAAUUCUGUGAAAAACGUGAAGGACUCAAUACUCUAUUUUCCUACGUUUAGACUUGCAUUUAACAAAAUUCCUUCGAAAGAAGAAGGUACAACAAUGAAGAACGAAGACGUGAUUGUCGUCAUUUCCGGUUAUCAAGAGGAUAAACCUCUACUCACGGCAAUUAUUGAAGCUUUAGGAGCUAAAAACAAUGGAGCAUUGAAAAAAACUUCAACUAUUUUAGUAUGCGAAGAUGCUUCUGAGAAGUAUCACUUUGCAGUGAAAAACAACAUCCCCAUUGUUACCAAAUAUUGGCUGAUGGAGAGUUACAAAGCAGGAUACUUCCUUCCACCAAGUGACUUUAAAUUACUUAUUUCAGAAAACAAAGAAAAUAUGACUACAAAUACUGUCACCACUGCGAGUACAUCUACCACUGGAAAAACUGAGCCAAAUACUACAAACUCAACAACAGCAAACGCCAAUGAUGUUGCUGUAUCUAUUCCAGUUGACGCUCCAACUCCUAAAGCCGAUCAGAAAGAAGCUUUCAAAACAGAAAUAACUCCCACAAAGAUGGAAAUUUUGACUGAUGAAAAUGCACGAGAUACUAUUUCACCAUCAAAACCUCUCACUGUCGCAACACCUGUAAAUAUAACCUCACUAAGCAACGUUAAGAGUAGAGUACUUGACUUGUUACCAAAGAAGAAGACGAACACAACCAAUAAGAAUACAGACAUUUUUAGCGAGCCCUCACCCGAGACAACUUUUGUUACAAAGAAAAAUCUAGAGUCGAAUAUAUUUAUUUCGAACGAUCCAAUGGACUCAAAUAGUGGCUCCGUAAAUAGCAUGAGUGAUUUUGGAGCUGAAUACGAUAUGAAACUCAAGAAAGAAAAAUUGAGCAAACUCGCUCAAAUCCACUCACCGUCACCCUAUGCAACGCAACUUGAAACUCAAAUCGUUUGUCACGAUUCUGAAAGUCACAAAGAUCUUUGGAAAUCCAGCUAUGAGAAAAAGCAAAAAACAUUUCUUUUGACAUCUGUCAAUGAUAAGUCUCAUUUGGCAACAUGUAUUGUACAUCUUGGAGGAAGAGUUGAAGAUACAUUCUCAUCUUCAAUCACCCACCUGAUAAUGGGAACUCCAUCGACCACUGAAAAAUUCUUUUGUUGUGUGGCAUCAGGAUGUUGGAUAUUGAAACCUGAAUACGUGAUUGAUUCUUUCAAGCAGCAACAGUGGCUUGAUGAAGAACCUUUUCAAUAUCGUGAUGCUAAAGAGGGUGAUUUGUCUUCUCACUUUGCGAGUGCUAUUAGGAUUAGAGAGACCAAACAACAACCAUUUGCCAAUCUAAUUGUCUAUUUUGCGGAGGCUCAUCAGUCCUAUGCCAACAUUAUUUUAGCAGGUGGAGGUAAGAUCUUAACCGAUGUCCAGAAUUUGGAAAGAGACUCCUGUACCCAUAUCUUUUACUCGACUGACAAAUCAAAGGAGGUUCAAAAGCUGAGAACCAAAUAUCCCAACAUUCCUUGUGUGAAAUCAGAAAUCAUCAGUGUGUUGCUUUCUCCAGCUGCUGAAGGCAAGAGAAGUAUUGAACCAUCUGCCACCGACACUGUUCCACAACCUGAAACGAAAAAGAGAAAGUUUAUUAAAAAGUAA